UGCUGAGUCAGUAGCUGUUAGCUAACAGGGGAAGCAGCCACAGACUGACUUCUCCUCCUCAAAGCCUCCUUCUUUUUCUCCUCUGCCCCUCCUCAUCCUGCAGCGUGACGUUCUCCUCCUCUCACAUUCUUUACCCGCUCACAACUUUGUUCCGUUCGGAUGAAAAAAAAAUCCACACUUUAUCGAUAAUAUCGACAGACUCGCUGGAGGAAAUGUCGCCGCGACUCUUUAAACUUCAUUCCUUCAGCUGAGCUCCUCCAGCAAUGCCACAAACCUCCCUCUGAUGAGACGAUGAGAACACACACCCGCGGGGCCCCCACAGUCUUCUUCAUAAGUCUGCUGUGGCCCCUGCUCGCCCCGGCAGCCGCGCAGAUGGACCCCAGCGGCGGGAUCCCCUUCAUGGGCGGCAACUACGAUGGCCACCCCAUGCUGUACUUCAACCAGGGGGACGUGGAGGAGUUACAGCUGGCAGCUGGCGGGACCCAUCGCGACAUGGCCGGGCGGGUCCGCGAGGCCGGAGAAACCAUGCUGGAGCACCCCGAGGAGUACCUGCCCCCCUGGAGCCCUGCUGAGUUCAGCGCCCGUUGGAACGAAGUGUACGGGAACAACCUGGGCGUGCUGUCCUUCUUCUGCCUGCUGUACCCCCACCGCGCUGGGGCGGUGGCCUUCGCCAAGGACUACAUGGAGAGGAUGGCAGCUCAGCCUAGUUGGUUGGUCAAAGACGCCCCCUGGGAUGAAGUUCCUUUGGCACACUCUUUGGUCGGUUUCGCCACUGCCUACGACUUCCUGUAUGAAUACUUGAACAAGGACCAACAGGAGCGUUUCCUCCAGGUGAUCGGCAACGCAUCACGUCUGAUGUAUGAGAAGUCCUACGUGCGCGGUUGGGGGUUCCAGUACCUGCACAACCAUCAGCCCACCAACUGUGUGGCCCUGCUCACAGGCAGCCUGGUUUACAUGACCCAAGGGUACCUUCAGGAGGCCUAUCUGUGGACCAAACAGGUUCUCUCCAUCAUGGAGAAGUCCAUGGUCCUGCUGCGGGAUGUGACAGAUGGUUCCCUGUAUGAAGGCGUGGCCUAUGGGACAUACACCACCCGAUCCCUCUUCCAGUACUUGUUCCUGGUUCAGCGCCACUUUGCCAUCGGCCACUUUGACCACCCCUGGCUGCUGAAGCACUUUGCCUUUCUGUACAGGACCAUCCUGCCUGGAUUUCAGAGGACCGUAGCCAUCGCAGAUUCCAACUACAACUGGUUCUACGGGCCGGAGAGCCAACUGGUUUUUUUGGACCGCUACAUGUUGCGUAAUGGAAGUGGAAACUGGCUGGCAAGUCUGAUUCAUCAACACAGGGUGACAGAUGGUCCGGGGCAGGCUGGAAAAGGCCAGCGAUGGUGUACGCUCCACACAGAGUUCAUCUGGUAUGAUCCAGGCCUGAUCCCAAAACCCCCUUCAGAUUUUGGAAGACCACACCUGCACUACUUUGAGGACUGGGGCGUGGUGACCUACGGUAGUUCUUUACUUGCAGAGACCAAUCGCUCCUUCCUGUCCUUCAAGUCGGGCAAGCUGGGAGGGCGCGGCAUUUUCGAUAUUGUUCACCAGAAUAAAUACAAAGAGUGGAUCAAAGGGUGGAGGAACUUUAAUGCUGGACACGAGCACCCCGAUCAGAACACUUUCACCUUUGCGCCAAAUGGUUUUCCGUUUAUCACAGAGGCACUGUACGGGCCCAAAUACACGUUGUUGAAUAACGCGGUGUUGUUUGGCCCGGCUGUCUCAGGGAGCUGCUUUAAGCUUUGGGCCGGUCAGGUGACAGAAGCCUGUGACUCUAAGUGGUUGAAGUAUAAGGCGGGUCCGGCGGCUGACGCCCAGGGCCAAGUUGAAGCUGCCAUGGAGCGACAGGGAAUGGUCUUCAUCCGUGGCGAAGGACGUUCUGCUUACAACCCAGAGCUGAAGAUCAGGAGCUUUCAGAGGAACCUGCUCCUCCUCCAUCCUCAGCUCCUGCUCCUUGUGGACCACAUUCACCUGGACCCAGAGAGCCCAAUUAGAGCCAUGAGCGCCUUCUUUCACAACACAGAGCUGCCGUUCCAGGUUAUGGAGGUAGAUGGUGUACAUGGAGCGUUUGUGUUACACGGUAAGCACAGGUAUAAAAUGUUCUGGAUGGACGACACAGGGUACAGUCACAGAGGGGUUGUAGGUUACUGGAACUAUCCUCGGGGGUACCCGUACAACGGCUCCAAUUAUGUCAAUGUCACAGUGCCACUCAGGUACCCUCACACCAGGGUGGCUUACAUUUUCUUUGGACCAGAGGUGGACGUACAGAGUUUGAGCCUGCGUGGCGACGACCAGAGAGUGAAUAUUUACCUGACCACCAGCGAGCACACCUACAUCAUCUACCUGCUGACCGGCGAGGUCCCCAGCAAGCCUCUGUUUGCCAUGGUGCUGAUGGACCGCAAGAAGAUAGCGUUCGAGAAAGCGGAAUCCGCCAUGGACAGCUCGCCAGAGGAGGUGGAGGAAUACGUCAACAUGAUGGAGGACAACCUGCAUCACGUCAAGCCUGUCUUCCAGCAGAUGGAGAGACACAUCCUGGGACAGGUUCUGAACACCGCCAGCUUCCGUAAGAUUGCAGAGCGCCUGCUCCAGUUCUCUGACAAAAGAAAAACAGGGGAGGUCAUUGAGAAGAUGUUCGUAAUGUCCAAGAAACGGGGCAGGGGUAAAGGUGGGAGGAAAGUAAACCUUGGGGAAAAGCUUUCGGAGAGCCUGCCUGACAUUUUUGCACAGAUUGAGGUGAGUGAGAAGAAACAGAGGCAGAGGACUUCGAAGCGUAUCUAUGACGACAGUCCAGAGGAGGGCGAUGCAGACACUCGGGCGUUUAUGGAUUAUGCAGAUAGUCGCAAAAACAGAAAGGGCGGCUUUGUGAAGGGCCGCAGAUUCAAGGAGGUUCACAUGGUGGCCACCACAAGGAGCAAGGACUCCUCCAGUGCUGCGUCUUACAUACGACUGUUUCUCAUCCUGAACAUCGCCACCUUCUUCUUCCUGCUGGCGGUGCUUCUGACCCGCUUUCAGAGGGGGCGGAGCUUGCACACCCAGAGGUGUUUCUACAGCAUCCUGCUGAUCGACAGCAUCAUCUUACUGUACCUCUACUCGUCCUGCUCUCGCACGCAGUGCUGACAUCACGCGCACGCGAGAGCAAACCCAAAUGCACUCCUCACCUCAGUCUGAGCCAGAACAACCCAAACCAGGGUUCAGGACAAGCAACUGAUAACUAAUAGGAAUUAAUGGAAGGAGAAAGUGGCGCACCUGUGGUGUAAGGAAAAACAGAAAAGCUUCUGUGGAGCUUUGGAACCGAGUCUGUAAAGUGUUCAGAAGUCCGGCCUUGGAUCCAGAAUCCUGAGGUUAGCCACUAAACAUGCAUAGUUCAUAGAAGCUCAUUUAAAUGUAUAUAUAUGAAAGCAAUAUAUAUUUUUAUGGUCUCUCUUUUUUACCAUUUGUAAAUAAAUUUGUUACAUGCAAA